AUGUUUGGGUUUUGGAGUGACAAGGGCAUUGCUGUGAGACGAUUGACUGAGCGCCACCUGGGCCUGGGGCGGGACAAGGGACAGGUCCACAGAUUCUUCUGCAGUAUGAGCAGCAUGGAGCAGUACUGCCCAUCUGAAGAGGCCCUGAUUGUCGGUGCGUGUCGGACUCGACGCUCCCUUCUCCCGCUGGACCUGCCUGGACUGUGGGGCAGAGCGUGUGUCUGUCAGAGCCGUUUUUCAGCGCUGGAUGAGAACAAAAUCACACAGAGGCGCUCUGACGGGGAUCGAUGGGCUUUAUAUGGCUGUGCAGGGCUCUGGGGAGGGGGCUGCAGGCAGAACAAGCCAUUUUACACAGAGGCUCCACUCUGA